CUGCUGGGCAGGAUUCCGGACAACGCCUGGUUCCUCUCGGGUCCUUCCGGCGUCGCCGGAGUGAAUUGAUCCGGGAGUUGAAGAGGUCUCCAAAGGUGGGAAGGGAAGUCCGUGCCUCAGUUGCCGAUUGCUGUUCUUCUUUGUGUACCAGUCUUUAUGGUAUACACGUACAAAAGGGAAGAAAUUCGGCAGUGAAUGAAGAGUCCUCUGCAUUUUAGCAUUGCUUUUUCUACUGUAGUUGGCUUUUGAAUGAGGAUGACAAUGGAAGAGAUGAAGAAUGAAGCUGAGACCACUUCCAUGGUUUCUAUGCCUCUCUAUGCAGUCAUGUAUCCUGUGUUUAAUGAGCUAGAACGAGUAAAUUUGUCUGCAGCUCAGACUCUGAGAGCCGCUUUCAUUAAGGCUGAAAAGGAAAACCCAGGCCUCACACAAGACAUCAUUAUGAAAAUAUUAGAGAAAAAAAGUGUAGAAGUUAACUUCACCGAGUCCCUUCUUCGUAUGGCAGCUGAUGACGUAGAAGAGUAUAUGAUUGAACGACCAGAGCCAGAAUUCCAGGACCUAAAUGAAAAGGCACGGGCACUUAAACAGAUUCUCAGUAAGAUUCCAGAUGAAAUCAAUGACAGAGUGAGGUUUCUACAGACAAUCAAGGAUAUAGCUAGUGCAAUAAAAGAACUACUUGAUACAGUGAAUAAUGUCUUCAAAAAAUAUCAAUACCAGAACCGCAGGGCACUUGAACACCAAAAGAAAGAAUUUGUAAAAUACUCCAAAAGUUUCAGUGACACUCUCAAGACAUAUUUUAAAGAUGGCAAGGCAAUAAAUGUGUUCGUAAGUGCCAACCGGCUAAUUCAUCAAACCAACUUGAUACUUCAGACCUUCAAAACUGUGGCCUGAAAGUUGUAUAUGUUAAGAGAUGUACUUCUCAGUGGCAGUAUUAAACUGCAUUUAUCUGUAAAUUUUAAAGUUUGACUGUAUAAAUUAUCAGUCCCUCCUGAAGGGAUCUAAUCCAGGAUGUUGAAUGGGAUUAUUGCCAUCUUACACCAUAUUUUUGUAAAAUGUAGCUUAAUCAUAAUCUCACACUGAAGAUUUUGCAUCACUUUUGCUAUUAUCAUUCUUUUAAGAAUUAUAAGCCAAAAGAAUUUACGCCUUAAUGUGUCAUUAUAUAACAUUCCUUACAAGAACUGUAAAUAUUGGUGUUUGUUUCUGACAUUUUAACUUGAAAGCGAUAUGCUGCAAGAUAAUGUAUUUAACAAUAUUUGGUGGCAAAUAUUCAAUAAAUAGUUUACAUCUGUUAAACAUUUCUUUACUUGAAAAAAAAGAUGCAUAUAUAUAUGUGUGUGUGUAUAUAUGAUCAGAAGACCAAGACAACUUGGUAUAAUGUUAAAGAUCUUCUAAUGGGAGCUUACUAGCAGUUUAUCAAAUAAUAAAGCAACAAGAAUUCC